GAAUACAUUUGCACAAUAGUGACAGAGUGGAGCUUGAUUUUAUACAACGGUUAGUACAUAUAUUAAUAAAAACUCGAUUUUCCAACAAUAUAUCGUACUCACUUUUCAUAUUUCAUUUUCCAAUUCCAUUUAGACCUUCACAAUUCAGUUUCGUAUGUCAUGUUGAUAAGCAAUUCCGUUCGUAUAAUAAGAGGCACGACUUCGCCGGUGCUGGUGCGGUCUAUCAAUUUUGCCUCUCGUGGUUUGCUUUCUCUGAAAAAUUCGCAAGUGAGGGCAUUCUCAUCGCUCAACAGCCAUUUACUAUUCAGGAACUCCCAGAUCACUCUCAAGGACAAAGAGAAUGACGACAAGAAAGAGGAAAAGCCAAAGAAGAAAGAAAUGGAUAAAGAGGAAAAGGACUUACGCGAAGAAAUCAAGGAAAGGUUAAAGAAAGAGAACCCUAAGAUAGACCCCAACAAUAUAAAAAUCUACCAGUUAGACAGUAAGACUAUCGCUCGUUAUGCAAUCUUGUCGACAAUCUUCACUGUCGUAUUAACCAUUUACGUUCUUUCUGGUGAUCGUGAAAAGAAUGAAUUAUCGUUCCAGGACUUCAAGACAAAUUAUCUUGAGAGAGGUCUCGUGACCAAGUUAACUGUGAUCAACAGAUUUGCUGUAGAAGCUGAAUUGAUUGCUGGUGCUGUUUCCGAUCAAACCUUUCAGACUUUGGGUGGAACCCCAGCUGUAGUUUUCACUAUUGGCUCUGUAGAAUUCUUUGAGGAAGAAAUGAAAAUAGUUCAGGACAAGCUUGGAAUCUCUGUGAACGAAAGAUUGCCCAUUGUUUACGAAGAACGAGGUUCAUGGCUCAACUACGUAUUGCCCAUCUUGCCCACAGUGUUGUUAAUUGGUGGAUUGUGGUAUUUAACGAUGAGAAGAACCACUCAGAAUGGAGGUGCUGGCGGUCCUGGAGGCAUCUUCAAGAUAGGAAAGUCCAAGGCUAAGUUGUUUAACCAGGAAACUGAAGUCAAAAUCAAGUUUAAAGACGUAGCUGGCUGUGACGAGUCGAAAGAAGAAAUCAUGGAAUUUGUCAAGUUCUUACAAGAUCCCAAGAAGUACGAGAGAUUAGGUGCAAAGAUUCCUAGAGGUGCCAUCUUGUCUGGACCACCAGGUACUGGUAAGACUCUUUUGGCAAAAGCUACUGCUGGAGAAGCCGGAGUACCAUUUUUGUCCGUGUCUGGUUCUGAAUUCGUGGAAAUGUUUGUAGGUGUAGGAGCUUCACGUGUUCGUGAUUUGUUCAAGACCGCUAGAGAAAUGGCUCCUUCGAUCAUUUUCGUGGAUGAAAUUGAUGCUAUUGGUAAAGAAAGAGGUAAUGGAAAGAUUGGAGGUAAUGAUGAAAGAGAAAAUACCUUGAACCAGUUGUUAGUGGAAAUGGAUGGUUUUGAAAGCGGAGACCAUGUAGUCGUUUUGGCUGGUACCAAUCGUCCAGACAUCUUGGAUAAAGCCUUGUUGAGACCUGGUAGAUUCGACAGACAUAUUUCUAUCGACACCCCAGACAUUGAUGGGCGUAAGCAAAUAUUUAAGGUCCAUUUAGCCAAGUUGACAUUGAAAUGCGACGAAGACAUCAAAGCUACACAAAAGGAUAUUGAUUUUGCCAAAUACCAAGAGUUGAAAUCCAAAGCUAUUGACGAUUUGGCUGGAAGAUUGAGUGCGUUGACCCCGGGCUUUGCUGGUGCUGAUAUUGCCAACUGUUGCAACGAAGGAGCUUUGAUUGCUGCAAGAGAAGAUGCCACUUCCGUAGAUGUGUACCAUUUUGAACAAGCCAUCGAGAGAGUAGUGGCUGGCUUAGAAAGAAAAUCCCGUGUUCUCAGCUUGGAAGAAAAAAAGACUGUUGCUUAUCAUGAAGCCGGUCAUGCUAUAUGUGGUUGGUUUUUAGAGUUUGCUGAUCCUUUAGUGAAGGUCUCGAUCAUACCCAGGGGCCAAGGGGCUUUGGGAUAUGCGCAAUACCUUCCUAAGGACCAGUACUUGAUUUCCAAGGAACAGUUCAUGCACAGAAUGACAAUGGCUUUGGGUGGAAGAGUCAGUGAAGAGCUUCACUUUGAAACUGUUACCAGUGGAGCUUCCGACGACUUCAAAAAGGUCACACAAAUGGCUCAACAGAUGGUGUUGAAGUUGGGAAUGUCCGAGAGUCUUGGAAAUAUCUGCUAUGAAUCCGGAGAUGACGGUAACGGGUUCAAAGUUCACAACAGCUACUCUGAGUCUACAGCCAGGCUAAUUGACACUGAAAUUAAAAGUUUCAUUGAUGAAGCUUACAUUGCCUGUCACAAAUUAUUGACGGAAAAGAUCGACUUGGUAGACAAGGUUGCUGAAGAAUUGUACAAGAAGGAAGUGUUGACCAGAGAAGAUAUGAUCAGAUUGGUGGGACCACGUCCUUUUGCCGAAAGAAACGAUGCCUUCGACAAGUACAUCAAGGGUACUGAUGCCUUUAAAGGUAGACCACUGGCCAAGGGCAAGAAGUAUGAGUUGAAUGACGACGAGGCUACCGCUUGAAUAUUCGUAUAUAUUCGAAAUGUUCCUGUAAAUAGACAAAAUUAGUACAUUUCUAAUUAUCCAAAAAUAUCAUUACAUAUAUAUACACUAAAUAUAACAUUUUCUGUAUCU